AUGGGCUUCAACUUGGUACCCGUUGCCGUCGCUAGCGUUGCGGCAUGGCUGGUCUACAAAUUCGUUCUACAUCCUCUCUUCAUCUCUCCUCUGUCAAAGAUCCCGGUCCCACAUUGGUCAUGUCACAUCUCUCCCUUCUGGAUCCUGUACAUGCGAAAGUACAACCGCCAGAACCGCUCCCUACACGAAGCGCACCUCAAGCUCGGUUCGGUCGUGAGGAUUGGUCCCAAUGAGCUGAGCGUCGACGGCUACGAUGCCCUCAAGACGGUGUACCAAGGAGGCUUCGAGAAGGACCAGUGGUACUCCAUCUUUGACAAUUACGGCGUCCCAAACAUGUUCUCGACCCUCUCCUCAAAGCCUCACUCCCUCCGCAAACGCAUGGUCUCAAACGCCUACGCCAAAUCCUUCAUCCACGCCUCUGAGCCCGCAAAAGCCCAGUCCCGCGCCAUUCUUUUCGGCCGCCUCCUACCCCUGCUAUCCGCUUCGUCAUCCAGACACAUUGGCAGCAGCCCCGGCAUUGACGUCUUUUCCACCUUCCUCGCCUCCACCAUGGACUUCAUCACAGCCUACGCCUUUGGCCUCCGGAACAGCACAGACUUCCUGAGGCAAAAGGCCUACAGGGACCACUGGCUCCAGCUCUACCUCGCGCGCGCGAGCCACGGCUUCUGGCCGCAGGAGAUGCCGCGCCUAACGGCGCUCUGCUCCCGGUUCGGGAUGGGGUGGAAGCUGUACCCGUCGUGGGUGGACGAUGCCAACGUUGAGAUUUGGGCGUGGAAUCAGCAGCUUUGCGAGAGGGCCCGGAAGAACGUUCAUCAGCAUCAGAAUUGCAGUACCGUUGCAGACGAGGCAGAGAAAGACGUUGCGGACGAGCCCGUCGUGCUCCGCGCCAUGGAGGCUGGUAUCGAAAAAGAGCAUCAUGUGAAUGGGAAGGAAUCCAUCCUCUAUGAGACCACGAUCCUCCAAAAGGAAGCAUCUGUGGCCUCGGAGAUACUAGACCAGGUCCUGGCAGGCCAAGAGACCGCGGGUGUAGCACUUACCUACCUCGCCUGGCACCUCUCCAAAUCCCCCGAUCUCCAACAGAAGCUCAGAGAAGAGCUCCUCAAGGUGUCGCCGGACCUUCGGAUGCCAGCAGGCACAGCUCUGCCUCCAUCCCUCCCCGACCCGAAACACGUCGAUGCCCUCCCCACCCUCCACGCGGUGGUUAUGGAGACCCUCCGGCUCCACGCCCCGAUCCCCGGCCCGGAACCCCGCCGGACUCCACACCCGUCCUGCCGGCUCGGCGACUUUCAAGUACCGGGCGGCGUCCGCGUCGCGGCGUUGGGGUACACCCUCCACCGCAACGCAAAGGUGUUUCCGAACCCGGAGGUAUGGGACCAUACCCGCUGGCUAGAGUCGCAGACCAGCGAGGCGCAACGGAGGGAGAUGUUAAGAUACUUUUGGGCUUUCGGGAGCGGUGGGAGGAUGUGCGUUGGGUCCAACUUUGCAAUGAAUGAGAUGAAGCUCAUAGCCGCGGCAAUCUGGACGAAUUUCACGACGCACGUUGUCGAUGACGCGGGCAUCGAGCAGGAUGACACUUACACGGCACGGCCAAUAGGCGAUUCAAGGAGCACUAUUAAAUGA